AUGCAUGCAACAUAUCCAGGACCGCCAUAUCCUCAUUAUAAAGGUCGGCAUAAUGAGACCUGCACAGAGUCUUUGAAUUUCAAUAGGGCAAGCGAUCAUGAUGGAUCAGCUACUCAAUCUAGAAUUUCACAAGCACCCGGAGACUCAGUACACAGAGUAGCUAAGAUUGUUGAGCCCUCUCAAGCAGAGCAACCUUAUAAUUGGCCAACAGUAAAACCCAAGCAUACAUCCGAAUCCUUCUACGCUACUGCCCUGACAACCCUGGAGUCUGAAUCUACUCGAAAGCCGCAAGCAAAAAAACCAAAUACAGACACUAUUCAUCCUAGUCUGCAAAUACCAAAAUCAAUAAAUGACAGUGGCGGAAGUUUGGCCGAAUUCGCUGCACAGGUCUCGCAGAAUGUGAUAUUAUUGGCGCUACUUUUCAUUUACCGUCUGAAAUCCAUUAACCCAGUAGUUAAGGGGCGAAGUGGAAGCGAGUACAGACUCUUAACAGUGGCAUUGAUGCUGGGCAACAAAUUUCUCGAUGACAACACAUAUACCAACAAGACAUGGGCCGAAGUUUCGGGAAUCUCUGUCACUGAAAUCCAUAUAAUGGAAGUCGAAUUUUUGAGCAACAUGCGCUACAGCUUACUCGCAACUGAGGAUGAGUGGAAGGAAUGGCAACGGAAGCUUGGGAAAUUCGGGAGCUUUUGUGAUCGGGCCGUAAAAUUAUCACCUCCACCCAUGUACCAGCCGACCCUGCCCUCUCCUCCUGCGUCAAUGCAAGCUUCGUCUCCGACACAAACGAGUCAAUAUGCAUCCCCAGCUGGAUCAUACAAUCUUACUCCUCAGUGGCCUGCUAUUAGCAACGCCGCUCAGUUGGUGUCGCCACUAACAACUGCUUCAACCCCUUCCGACCAGGAUUUCCACGCGAAUGCAAAAAAGAGAAGUUUCCUGGAAGAUGCUGAAGAACCGGUAGCAAAGCGUGUGUCCAGGUCAAUAACCUCAACAUCUAAUUGCCUUCAAGACUUCAACAUGACUCCUCGACCUCGUUUACCGCCCGUACCUAAUUUGACGAUCUCGACAAACCAAGCGAUGAGCGGUAACAACGGCCUGCCAAGCUUUUCUCAAAACGCACCAACUUUACCUCCUUUGAACAUUAAUCGAGCCAUGUCCACAGUCUAUCCAACUACUCCGACUUACCCACCACCUAUUUUAAGUCAUACCCUUUCUGGGUCACAAACUAGUGGAUCACAAGUUGCUGCAUAUCAACACAACAAUCAAAUUGUUGGCACCCCAUGUGGCCAACGUAGUCCUCGUUCAGCCGUCCAAGAACUACUUGCAUCAGUUCCUUCCCCACUCAAUGCAUCCUUUCCUGGAACUUCGGGUCACAUUUCACCAUCUGUUUUCUAUCAGCAAAGAAACUCGCCCUACAAGCCUAUUCGCCACGUGAAUACCCUCCUCUAUCCACCACCAUCUACCUCGAUGCACGAUUAUGCAGUCAACACAAACCAUAUGCACUAUCAACCAUUGGGCAAGAGGCAUGAUUACCGAUCUGGUGUUGUACCAGGAUAUGGCCAUCAAUCAGCCAAUCAAUGGCCUGUACUACCUCAACCCAACUUUCACGGAGUAUAA